AUGUCUUCUUCUGUCAUCGCAGCCCUCCAGUCCGGCCCAGUUCAGGCCCUGCACUACCUACGACGCGCCCUCCUGUCUCCGGUCCUGUCCGGUUCGCUUCUCCUUGCGCUGCUUGCUGCUCCAGAGGAGCUCCGCCACGCCGCGUUGAAGCGCCUCUCGCUCCCUACAAACUAUGACCUCACCGUGGCCAAGACGGUCCUGCAGGUCCUCCUGGGCCUGGGGAUCGCGCGGACCGUCAACCUCGCCCUCAGCGCCAUGGCGGCCAACUCGUGGCGCGUGACGGCGGCGUCUGGCUGGGACUGGCCCAAGGAGAUUGCCGUUGUCACGGGCGGAUGCAGCGGCAUCGGGCACGGCAUCGUCGAACGGCUGGUCCGCCGUCAAGUCAAGGUUGCCAUUCUAGACAUCCAGGAGCUCCCAAAGACUUUGCAGGGGCAUCCCUUGGUUCGGUACUACAAGUGCGACAUCACGUCUCCCGACUCGGUGGCCAAGGCCGCCGAUGCCAUCCGAAAAGAGCUGGGACACCCGACGAUUCUCAUCAACAACGCGGGCAUCACCAAGCCGAUGCCCAUUCUCAAGAUGCCACAGGAGUUCCUGCUGAAAAUCUUCGGCGUCAAUUGCAUGUCCCACUGGACCACGGUGCAGCAGUUUCUCCCGCGCAUGAUCCAGGUCAACAAGGGCCACGUUGUCACCGUCGCCAGCCUGGCCUCGUUCAUUGCUCUGGCCAAUGCCGCCGACUACUCCGCCACCAAGGCUGCUGCGCUGGCAUUCCACGAGUCCCUCGCUUGCGAGCUCAAGCAUUUUUACAAGGCCGACAGCGUUUUGACCACUGUGGUCCACCCGAAUUUCGUGCGGACGCCGCUUAUCAAGGACUUUGAUGACCGCUUGGAAGGAGAGGGCCUUCGGCUGUUGACGAGCGAUCAUGUGGCCGACACGAUUGUCAACCAGGUCUUUAGCAGAAGAGGCGCGCAGUUGAUCAUACCCGAUACCCAGGCUGUUGUUUCUGGCCUGAGGGGAUGGCCAACGUGGCUGCAGGUAGUGAUUCGAAACACGAUUGGCAAGAGUGCGACAAAGAUGUAA